UUUCUUUUCUUCUUUUUUUUUUUUUUUGAAUACAAAUCUGCAUAUUGAUUUUUAAACAAACAAACAACACCCCCCCAAACCCCCCCGUCGCACGCAAGCCUGCCUCUGGGAGGGAAAUAGCCAGGUGAAAUCUCACUCUGUUUCCAUGGACAACCCGUCCAUUAUCACCCAGGUGACUAACCCCAAAGAGGAGGAGAUCCUGUCCUGCGCUCAGGAUAAAGUGUCCCAAUGUAAUAUCAGCUUGAAGAAGCAGAGGAGUCGAAGUAUCUUUAGCACCUUAUUCUGCUGCUUUCGUGACUACAAUGUCGAACCACCAUCUACCAAUAGCACCAGUGCUCUUCCUCCUUUGGUGGAGGAGAAUGGAGGACUUCAGAAGGGUGACCAGAUGCAGGUCAUGCCUAUACCAAGUGGAAUAUACUAUUUCCACGGGACUGAAGCAGUGCAGCAGUCGUUUCACUACAAGCCACCAGCUAAAUACCUCCUGCCAGAACUGACAGCAUCAGACUAUGGGAAGAAGUGUGUGGUCAUUGAUUUAGAUGAAACUUUAGUGCACAGUUCAUUUAAGCCAAUUAGCAACGCUGAUUUCAUCGUUCCUGUUGAGAUUGAUGGAACCAUACAUCAGGUUUAUGUAUUGAAACGACCACACGUGGAUGAGUUUCUUCAGAGGAUGGGAGAGCUCUUUGAAUGUGUACUCUUCACAGCCAGUCUAGCCAAGUAUGCAGACCCAGUAGCCGACUUACUGGAUCGCUGGGGUGUGUUCAGGGCAAGGCUCUUUAGAGAAUCCUGUGUUUUCCACCGAGGAAAUUAUGUGAAGGAUCUGAGUCGACUGGGACGUGAGCUGAGUAAAGUUAUUAUAGUAGAUAAUUCUCCUGCAUCUUACAUCUUCCAUCCUGAAAAUGCAGUGCCUGUGCAGUCCUGGUUUGAUGACAUGACAGACACAGAGCUGCUAGAUCUUAUUCCUUUCUUUGAAGGACUAAGCAAAGAGGAAGAAGUUUACAGUAUGCUUCAUAAACUCUGCAACAGGUAGCCCUUAACUUUGACUGACUUCUGCUACUAGAUUGCAGUUGCUAGAGGCUGUCUCCAUCUUUUUCAGCUCUUUCAAAUGUAAGCUUUGGGGAGGUCACCCCUGUCAGAAGUGCUACUCUUGAUCUUCCUGUUACAUUGGACACGAAGGACAAUCACGAGUGAUGCUUUUAAGCCUUCAGAAGCCUGACUCCUAAGGUCAUGUGUUCAGACUACUUUUUUAAAGGAAAAAAAAAAAAAAAAGAAGCUAUUUUAAAUGGGACUCUUUUAAUGAAUUUCAUAAAUGGACAUCUUUUACUGGAUCAGCUUUUCUUAAAACAUGCCAAAAAAAGAAGCUUGUAUUUCAGCAGUUGAAUUUCUCUCCCUUUCUUCCCCUCCCACUAUGCAGACAAUUUUACCCCCCUGCUUAGAGCAGUUGACCUGACUCUGAAUUUUUUCUUACAGAAUGAAGUGCCUUUUUGAAUGUUAUUUUAAGAUAAAAAAUUCAUUUUUGUAUAAGACGUAUUUCCAGACAUCUUUUAGUCUUGUAUUGUCUAAAUGCUUUAAAAGGAAAAAGGAAAAAUUUUAUAGAGCACUGUAAUAUAUAACAAAGGAAAAAGUUGAAACAAAGAUGCUGGGUUCCUGUCUCCACAGUGACAUUAAGAUGUAUUACAUUUUGUCAUGCUCAGAAGGUUUAAGCGUUUGUGGGAGGGGUGAUUUGGGUUAAUUACAUGGUUGUUUCACUGAUAUGAUUUUGGGCACGGUUUUGAACAUAUCUGCAGUUGUUGAAGUAUUAGGGAAUGAUGGCGUUGAGAAAAUAAGGUGGCUAAUAGAUCUAAAGCACCUUUUAUUCUAGACAGAUUAAGUUCUAUUGUCUCUGCUUACGCACAACUGCCAUGCCUCUCAUUUUUUGGAAAACCAGUUAUUAUCUUGGGAGAAUGUGGAGGAGAUCUAUUUAUUAGUUUAAGAUUCCUUUCUUAAAAAAAAAAAAAAAAAAAAAACAAAAAAAAACACACAAACAAAAAAAACCACACAAAAAAAAAACCCAAACCCAUCUGGGUAAGCUGGAUCUGUAUUGAGCUGUUUGGAGUACUUUUUUCUUUUAAUUGCUGCUACUGUAUACUCACCAAAUGGAGUUGACCAUCGGCUGUUAUACUGUUUUUGCCACUGUGCCUGUGCUAUGAAACAUUUUCUGUAAGCUGCAAACUUGGGCAAUAAACAAAAGGCAGGCUUCAUAACCCACCCCCAUGUAUUAAUCCUACGGUAUCUGAUAUACCAGAAAACUCAGUUAAAGGUGACCUGCAAAGGAAAUUUUAUUGGGUUUUUUUUUUGUUUUGUUUUGUUUUUUAAAUUGGGAUGAAGCUCUUUCCUUUCUUUGGUAUAUAAAAAUGCAAAAACAGUAUUUUUCCCACAUCUCUGAUUUAUAUUUCUUCCUCCUCAAGGCAUAAGGCACAGCUUUAUCGAGUCUUGCUGGAAGGGCAGAAGUUGCCAGCCUAGACUAAAAGUGGUCCUCUGGCUUUGGAGUUGAGUAAGUCUCAUCUCUGAAUCUGAGAACCUCCUUAGCAUCUUCUGUAGUGUCACUGGUGCCCUUUUUAAAGAAUAACUUUUAAAUAUUUUAAGCCUUUGAAGAACAAGGCACACCUACUUAUUUAUUUUGUUUCCUUUCCAGUGUCACCUUUUAAUUAUUUUCCACACCGGAAAUCUACAAACGUUAAAAAUUGCAGCUAUGUUUGGCUGUCAUCAGAGGAAACUAAAUGGAGUAGUUGGUGCUUCUAAUUAGCCAAGUGCUAAAUUCUGAAUGGUAAAUCCCCCUUGGCCUUCUCUGUUUUUCUUGACAAGUCUUGAUGACUUUGGGGGGGGGGGGGGGGGGAGAGUUUUUUUGCGAUGGACUGGGAUAUUGUCAUCCUUGUCUAUAGCACGGGUGAAGCAGCUUAACAAAUUCAUUCAUAGACGGGCAGGCCAGCCUACGCAGGCAGUGAGUAGGUUGUCGGAGGGGCAGUGUCAAACCGAGAGAGGACGUGCCCCCCCCCCUUGCAGCGCAGCUCGGUCUCGUCGCGAGGGAUGGCAGAGGCAGCCCCGUCACGCUCGUGAGUCUGUACGGCAUCACCGUUUUGUUUUCCUACCGGUUGGCAUUACCCUUAGUACUGUAUAAUUCUGUGCCACAACAAAAGACAAAACUGUCAAACUUAUUAAAAAAAAAAAAAACAAAAAAACAAAUACAACCUACAUCGUUUUUAAAAAAAAAAAAAAAAAAGACGUAUGGAUUCUGGUUAGUCCAUUAACGUUUACUUUCAGUUUAAGAUUGUUUAAUUUUUUUGUAUCUGACUUCAGAGUAACGAAACUGUAAGCUGCCAAAAAAGUUGUUCUCUGAGCAGUAUUUUCAACUGUGUUGGUGGCUGCUGGGCUUCAAACACGGUUUGCAGGGAAGUAUUCAGGUUGUAGUUAGUUGUGCAGGUAUGAUAGGAAUGGCUGAAAAUAUUCAAAGACUUUCUCGCUAGCACUAGACCAAACAAUCUUCCAAUUAGACAAUAAGUAACCCCACCGAGACAUUGCCAUUUAGCGGUUGUGACCUGUUGUAGGUGAGACGAACCAUGUCAUUAGUUUGCAUUUAUGAGAGCAGCGAUUUCAUGAACCAGUUGCCUUAAGUCUGUGAAUGAAUGUUGAUUAUUAAAGUGUCUUGUAUUGUUUUAAAAUCCACGUAUAAUGGACAACGGAACUUCUGCACCAGGCUCUGGAAGAACGGUUCUGAUGAUGUUCUGUACAACUGUACUUGUUCCGUAGUGUUUAUUUUGGCUGUUGAUAUCCACAAAUUAAAAAAAAAAAAACACCUUAUUUUAAGUUAGUACAGCAUUAAAACAAUGCUUGCUGACAAUACAAACGUGAAAAACUUAGCAGUGGUUUUGAUCUCUGUUAGUAUCUUAAGAGUAUUUUCUGUAACUUCUGAUGAAUUUUUUUAUUUAUUUUUUUUUAACUCGUUCCCAUUGAAAUAGAACUUGGAGUGCUCUGCGGUCAGGUUUGGACUUCCCUGGGUAUUCAAAUUUGGCCAAAGGGAUCAAACUAUCCCAGUUGUUUAUUUUGACGCUGUCAUCGUACUUGAAAUUUCAAGUGUCAAGUUCGCGUGGAUAUACAUAGCGCUGUGUAUUUAGAGUUUCUAGAUUUUAACAAAGCAAUAUAGUUCUGUCCAUAAAGUCAGACAAUGAGUGGAAUGUUUGUAAAAUUUGCAAUACGGGUAUUUGAUUGUAUUUUAAAUACAAGAUUUUAAAAAUUACAAUAGGAAGAAAUACUUGUUUCCUAAAUCUCUUGGGUAUUUUGAAGUGCAGUUAAUGCAUGCAGGUCGCCAGGGCUGUUAUAAACCCUGGGCUUCAAUUCUAUUUCUGGGUAUUAUGGAAGUAUUAAAAAGCCUUUUCCAGUCGGUCAUUCUGUUCAGCUGAAGAAACGCUGCCUGGCCUGAAGUUCCGUUGUCCUUUUUAUGUCGGGUUAAAAAAGGGUUUUUGCCUGUAUAGGUAUUUUUAAAUUAAAGCUGUAAGGCAGAAUGCCUUAGAUUCUUGAAAUUCAACUGAAGUGUUACGAUUAAAUUGCCAUUUGUAAACUAGGGCUGUGCGCAGAAUCCUUGUUCACCACCAGGAAGCGUGGCAGGUUUGGGACGGAAGAUGGUAGCAAAUGUACAAUAUUGCUGUGUUCAUUGAGGUAGCUUUGGAAGGAUAAUUUGUCUUACUUGUUUUGCCCUUUAAUCUUCUUUAAGCAGCAAAGUUAUACAUGGAAGAAGCUCAACACCUGAAGAGAUUUGGCUGUCGGUGUACGCAAUCACUUUAUCACAGCAUGGUUUUGAUUAGACUGGUUGGGGACAAUAAAGUAUCUAAAUGACACUGGUGUGUACUGAUGUUGCAGCUUUUGAAAUUUCAGUGUAAAAAAAAAAAAUAAUAAUAAUAAUCUGUAGCUAUGUAAUUUACAAACACGUAAUCCUAUGUUUUACAGAUUCUUUUUAAACUAAUAAAACACAGUACCGCACAGCCCUAUUUGUAAAACAAAAACAAGUUUGUGCCUCUGAUUUCCAAGGUGCUGUGAUUUAUGCCUUUGUGGGGCCAGGAGGGCAGGUGAGGUUUGCGUGGGGCAAUUGCUUUAAAAAAAAAAAAAAAAAAAAAAAAAAUCUCUGGGCUAACUAUGCAAAACCAGCUGUCAGUUUUCUGUUUCACAUAUUGUAAGAAAUCCAGCUGACUUUUUUUUUUUUUCUUUGUUUCUUGUUAAAGAUCUAUUGGGAAGCUCUUAAUAGAGGAGUAAGCGAUGGAAAUGUUUCUUUUUCUUUUUUCUUUUUUUUUUUUUUUCUUUUCUAAUAAUGGAGCUGUUUACACUUUAACGCAAUGAACAAUCCAGUGAUACUUGAGAAACACUACAGAUACCAUAUGAGUGUUUUCAGGAGAGAGAAGUGUUGUCAAUCAGGUAUUGAAUGGUUUCUUUACUGUCACAAAUAAAAAAAAAAAAACCAAAAACUUUAACAAUAUAGUUACUCGUGCAUGUAAUACUUCUCUGGGGGAAAAGAAAGAAUUUCUGCACUUCUCCUUCAGCAACAGUCACUGCCUGAGUUCGACAGGGACUUGAUUACUGCUAACGCGCAUCCGUGAUAGUAAAAUCACCCAUCUCUGUUCCACCCUCCUCUUCCUCUCCUCUGCGAAGUCGUGCGAAGGGCUCCUCGGGGGCUGCCCUGGCACCUGCUCGUGCAAACAGAGCUGCUGAACUACUGAUGAACUCGGCGAAAUAAACUGGGGGGGUGGGAGGGUGGGCUCUGGCAGAUGUUCCAGCUAUUUAGAUCUCGUGGAUGAGAUCAUACAACAAUUUGUUCGAGGCUCAGAGCUGUGUGACUCCUUUUUGAAGGGCUUUACUGCAGCUACUUGAAUAGCUGUUCUUAACAUCGCUGCCGUAUCCAAAUGAAUAUCUGAAUAAAACACUUUAUUUGGUUGGAAAGUCUAUUUUGGGACUUUUCAUCUGACACAGUAAGACUUCGGCAGGGCCUUCCUUUCUAGGAAAAGGCACAUAUUAUUAGCGCUUUACGAGCAGAAAAAAACCUCAGGCCUGAUCGAAUAUGCAGCUGGCGGAAGAUAGCACAUUAGUUGCAAUUAAAAAUAUUUUUUAGUUAUUCCUGUGAUCAGUUAGAAUGACCCAGACUGCCUCUACUUUGUACUGGUGGGUUCGGGUUUUUCAUAUUUUAUUUUUUUUUCGGGUUUUUGGUGGUUUUCUUUUUAGUUUUACCAAUCUCCUUAGCUGCUACUUAGGAUAAAGAUGCCUUUCUUUCACUCAGUAAAACAAGCAUGUCAAAAUUCAUAAAACGGCUCGUUUAUAGUGGUGAGAAGGAUACUGUUCCAUCCGAGCUGAUUGAGAGCAAGUGUUUGCAAAAUUGAAUCCACCACAGUCUAUAAAUGUACCUCCCUGCAUACGCCUUCCAAUAUUAUUUUAUUUUGCCCUUUUUUUUUUUUUGUGCAUUCUGACUCAGAAGGAAAAUCAACUGCUCCGAAAUUCCCUGCAAGAUGGGUUAGGGCUCUUCCAGGUGGGAAGAGCAGUUGUCCUGGCAGGCCACCUCCAGCAGUUGUCCUGGCAAGCGACCUUCCCCAUACAGACUUCCAACCAACCCAGCUCUGCUGGCAGGAGACCAGGCAACGUUCUCCUGGACUCUCCUUUGUUGGUUCUGCUGGAGCUACUGGAAAAAAAGAAAUGAUCUUUGGGUAAUAAAUUGGUUUGGACAGGUUGGCAAACUCAAACUUGAAAAGCUUCCAGCCGCGUUUUGUUUAAAGCCUUCUCAAGUGGUAUUUAAAAGGAGCUGCGCUGAGGAGCAGGUUGUCCUCUAAUUGCCCCAUGCCACCUUAAUCAGCAUUUCUGAAGCACAGGACAUACACGAACAUCUUGGACUUAAUAGAGAUGGAUUUGACUCAGUAAAGUAGGUCUGCGUCUGCAGUUACCUUCCCACGCCGCAACUUGAAAAGGUUAGAUUUGGUCGUUGCUUAAAUCGGCAGCAAAGGGAAAUCUUGGGGUGACGGCUGUUUCACCUGGGUGGACCCUGUGCUGCUGUCGUCCCUCCCACCGCUCUUCUCUGUGCGACUGCCAUCGUUUAAUUUUGCAACCGCCUUUUAAUUUACUCAAUGUAGACGCGUUCGAUCGGGAUGUAAAUUGCAGGAAAACGCUGGACAAAGAAAUGGAAUGCAGCUGGUGCCCAUCAGCCUCGGCCAUCGUCGCGGGCUGGACUCCAGCCAGGAGAAGGCUGUUGCUACUUGAAGGCGAAUGGAGGAGUCACCGUUAAGCCAGAAACCUGUCACCCCCUCUGAGAUCCACUCUUCUUCUAGAGAAUGAGGGCUGACUGCGUUGUUGGUACAAACGCCAUAUACACCACCUGUGAGUUCCCAGCAUUUCAAUAAACGUUGCGCUUGAAGAGUCUGAGGGUUGUUGGAGGAGUUACUGGCUUGACAAUGGGUUGUUUUCUUUAUCAGAUUUUAAUGAGCUUUUGUGAUUAAAACCAAAUUUCUUUACAGUGUAACUUUGUGAUGAUUUUUUUUUUCAUGCUUUGAUUAUGUUUGACAAUAAACUAUCUCUGUUAUUUUUUUCAUUCUC